CCUUCUGUCGUCAUUAAGACGGGCGGCCGGCGGCGGCGGCGCUUGCGAGGAAGUUAGGAAAAGCCGCUAUGGCGAGCCCUGCCGCCGCCUCUGUGAGGCCGCCCAGGCCCAAGAAAGAGCCGCAGACUCUUGUCAUCCCCAAGAAUGCGGCCGAGGAGCAGAAGCUCAAGCUGGAGCGGCUCAUGAAGAACCCGGACAAAGCAGUUCCAAUUCCAGAGAAGAUGAAUGAAUGGGCUCCUCGGCCUCCUCCAGAAUUUGUCCGAGAUGUCAUGGGUUCCAGUGCCGGGGCUGGCAGUGGAGAGUUCCACGUGUACAGGCACCUGCGGCGGAGAGAGUACCAGCGGCAGGACUACAUGGACGCCAUGGCUGAGAAGCAAAAACUGGAUGCAGAGUUUCAGAAGAGACUAGAAAAGAAUAAAAUCGCUGCCGAGGAGCAGACUGCAAAGCGCCGGAAAAAGCGCCAGAAGUUGAAAGAGAAGAAGUUAAUGGCGAAGAAGAUGAAACUUGAACAGAAGAGACAGAAGGAAGGUGAGCUGUGUCCACGUCGCUCGGUGCCAGUCACCGUCUCUAGGUGGCAGCUGAUCUAACCCAGUCAGAGCCAGGAACAGCGUGCCAGCAGCUCUGAGGAUGCGUCUGGGACAGAGGAGGAGGAGGAAGAGGAGCCCAGCAUCAUCAUGGGGCGAUGAGGAUGUGAGCCCAGCUCAUUCUCUGACCAGCUUCCGGAAGGAAAGGAGCCCAGCUGCCAGACUGGCUGGGUUGGGAGACGACAGGAGCCUCCUGCAUCCCUGCUUGCCUAGGGAGCCGAGGGGGCAUCCCCUAGACAUUUGCAGACUGCGUCCUGCCCUGCUCUUGCAGAGGGGGAUGCCUCACCUUCCCCCGGUGCUUGUGCCCUGCUUGAACAGCGAUGAGCUCGGGCUGGUUUCUGCGAAGGGAAUUUUAUUUAGUAAAGAGCAGAAAACCUA